UAAUUACGGUAUUAAAAUAUCUUUGGUGCUUUGAAUAAUAAUUGUUAAUUAGUAAAAUAAAGGAAAAUACUAUUCGAAGUAUUUGUGUAAUAUUAUGUUAUAGAAUUGAAUACUGUUUAUUUCUUUGAAGAAACAGAUUUUCAACAAAAAUGAAUAUUUUACCUAAAAAAAGAUGGCAUGUUCGAACGAAAGAAAAUAUAGCUCGUGUAAGACGAGAUGAAGCAAAAGCUGCAGAAGAAGAACGAGUUAAACAAGAACGUAUUCAAAAAGCAGAAACCGAAGCACGUAUUAACUUUCUAAGGCAGCAAGCAAGAACUAAGUAUGAUGGGCGGGCUGAUACAUCUAACAUUACAGCAGAAAUAUCUACUGGUUCUUCAGAACAUGUUAAUUUUUUUUCUGAUCUUGAGAAAGGUAAAAUUGAUUAUAAUAAACCUAAUGUAGAUCAUGAAAAAGAAAAGAAGGAGGAAAAAGAAAAAUAUGAGAAACAAAUUGGUUAUCUUACAUAUCUUGGACAAGAUACGAAUGAAGCAUUAAGGAAAAAGAACUGGUAUGAAGAAUUACCUAAAAGAUUAACAGAUAAAGAUAAAGAUAUUGAAGUAGAAAUGAAAAAGAAGGUUUUACAUGAUCCUAUACAAGAUAUGAAGAAAUACUUAAGCAUAAUGGGCAGUGUUUGUUCAGAAAAACAUGUGAAGACUGAAAUAACAAGUGUUAAAAGACGACAUUAUGAUUUAGAUGAUUCUGAUAAUGAAAUGGAGAAAAGGAGUUCUGGAAAGAAAAAUAAAAAACAUAAGAAGAAAUAUAAAAAGCAAAAGAGAGAAAAAAAUGAUACUUCUGAUGAAUCUUCAGAAAAAUCUAAGAUUACAACAAAUAUAGAAAAAUUAAGAGCGGAAAGAUUAUUAAGAGAGCAGAAGGAGAAAUUAAGAGCAGAAGUAUUGGUUGCUAAGUUGAGGGGAGAUCCUUUGCCUAUUAGUUUAUCUGAGGAAAUACCUAAACCUUCUGUUAAACAAAAGUAUAACUCACAGUUUUUCCCAGAAAUUGCUAGACAAAAUGCAGAAAGAACACCUCGUAGCUAAGUUUAUAUAUAUUAUAUAUGUAUAUAUUUUUUAUAUUUAUGUUACGUGUAUAUAUAUUCUUUAUAUGUAU